AUGGAUUCAGGGUCUGCAAAUAAGCAUAAUUUAAAAGUAGUAAUCCGGAUACGUCCCAUGUUGCCAAGAGAGGUCCAAGAGGGCUAUGAAGCUACAAGACUCUCUGUAACCAACAAGAAAGAGACAAAUAAGCAAAAGAAAACCUUCAAGUUUGAUAAGGUCUUUGGCACAGAGACAACGCAGAAUGAUGUUUUCGAAGGUGCAAGGAUUUCUCAGCUAGUAUCUCGAGUAACAGAUGGAUACCAUGCUACUAUAUUUGCCUACGGUCAAACCGGAUCAGGUAAAACAUUUACAAUGGAAGGCUAUGAUUACAAGAAUAAAAAUGAUGGAAGAUCGAAAUCUAAAGCUCCUGUUAUAAAAGAUAACGAUAAUAUUGGAAUUACUCAGAGAGCAGUAAGAGAGCUAUUCCAACAAGUAAAACAUAAGAAAGAAAAGACUGGCACACAUAUCUCUGUGUUUGUCUCUUAUCUUCAGAUUUACAGUGAGAGAGUGUAUGAUUUACUCAACCUGAACAACCUCAACCCUAAAAAGAAUACCAAAGGCCUCCGGAUCAGGUGGAACAAGAAAGACCAGUUCUUAGUAGAGAAUCUGUUUAUAUUUGAAUGAAAAACUGAAGAAGAGGUUAUGGAGCUGUUUCAUUUUGGACUAAAGAAUAAGAUUGUUGCCUCACACAAUCUUAAUAGUCAGUCUAGUCGCUCGCAUGCAAUUUUCACAAUUACUUGUGAAAGCGUAGACCCUGGAAACGGAGAGAAUAUUGUUACAAGUAAAUUACAACUAGUUGAUCUUGCUGGUUCAGAGAGAAUCAGUCUUACAGGAACAAAAGGAUUAGCAGCAAAGGAAAGUAUUGAUAUCAAUAAGUCUCUAUUCGUACUCAGGAAGGUAAUUAUGUCACUGUCAGAUUCAAAAUAAAUCAAGCAAAGAUAAAUCACAUAUUCCUUACAGAGAUUCUAAACUGACAUCUCUACUGAAGCAGAGUAUUGGAGGAAAUUCUUAUUGCUUAAUGAUUGCUUGUAUUGCCCCUUCUGAUAGAUUUUUAGAGGAAAAUAUUAGUACUCUGAAUUAUGCCACCAGAGCAUCAAAUAUUAAAAAUGCUCCUACGAAAAAUAUUGACCCCAAGAUAAGAGAGAUCCAAGAGUUGAAAAAGAAAAAUAAGGCAUUGCAACUUGAGCUUCGUAAUGCAAAUCUUCAUAUUGAAUACCUUACUUCAUUAACACAGGAGGAAUUACAAACUUUUGGAACGAAUCUGAUCACAGAAAGCAUGCCAAACAAUAUUACCCAACCGACGAAAAUAGAUACUUCGUCACCGGUGAAAACCCGAGGGAAUAGUCUGAAACCGAUAGCCCCUACUGUACCGAUGGUUGGGUCUAAAACCCAGACCAUGGGGACAUCUCUUGGUACUUCUAUCGGAGCUUCCAUUGGAGUAUCAGUAGGAGCAUCAAUCGGAGUCUCACAAAGCACAUCUAAAAUAACAACUGGAGGAAUGUCAACACAGACAGAAAGACUGAUGCCUCCUUCUAAGAAGAAGGUAAGAAACAAGUCCAAAGAGUUUCUCUCCAAGGUUGAGAAGAGAGAAUCCAUCGAUGAAAUUGCUAAGAGGAAGCAAUUCGAAGAUAAAAUGCAUAUGAUCACCAGUGAAAUCAAAGGAAUGAACAUGAACAGAGAUAGCACAACUAGUAAUAAUUUUAAAGAUGCGAUGACACGAGUCACCGACCUUUUGAAGGUCAACCAGAUGCUCAGAGAUGAAACUAACAAUAAGGAAGAAAUCAUUAAGUAUAAGAAUAUCGAAAUCUUUGAGAUAAAAGAUGAAAAUGAAGAGCUUAGAGAUAAACUAGAGCUUAUGGAAACCAUUGUUAAUGCAAAUAGGGAUACUUAUAAUGAGUAUGUAGCCUCUCAUCUUGUUCAACAGGCUGAGAAUGGAGCUACUGAAGAAUAUAUGGGAUGUGAAGAAGGAAAAGUACAAAUAGAUUCAGUCUAUGUCGAGCUUCUUGAGCUCAGACGGAUAGUCAAGAAGCUUGAAACAAGGAAUAAAUUCCUAGAAAAGCAAAACAUGGAGAAUCAAUACCAAAUGCAUUUUAUAGGAAACAAUGAGCCGAGUAGGCCAAUUAUGAAUAAGGGUGACUCAGGGAAGAAGAAAAAUCUUCCAUCCAAUACUAACAAACUACUGAAGAAUAAUUCAGUUCCCUUAUUUAUUGAACCUAAGAAUCCUUAUUUGGCAAAUAAAUCGAAUAAGAAAUCUAAGAAUAAAAAGUUAGCCAACUAUAAAGGAAUAUCAGAUGAUGACUUCUUUGCUUCAUCUACUCUAAUGAGGAAUGGAGAUUACGCCAUGUCCAAAGACUCAUGGCAAAGAGUCGAGCUAAACUACAGAAGGAAUAAUUUGGGGUCUCCCAUGAUUGCCCUGAGCAGUAGUGGACUUAGCUCCGACAGGGACAAUAAGUAA